AGACUCGCCACUUCUCGUCGUCGUCGCGCCGCCCACCACGGAGCGCCGCACGCCGCCGUCGACGCCUCGGACUCCCGAGUCGCAGCUCCCGAAGAAGCCGUCCAUCGACGUCGAGCUCGCGGCCGAAAAGCUCGCGGUCAUGGGUGCGAAAGCCAAGGAGAGCGAGGCGAGCCCGCUCAAGCUGCUCGUCGGCGUCGCGGGCAUCUUCGGCGCCUUCAUGUACUACGGUCAGCUCCAGGGCGACAUCGUGCGCUACAAGGACGCCGACGGCGCCAAGCUCGAGCGCGAGUGGUUCAUCCAGGUCCUCGAGGCGAGCGCGAACGUCGCCGUCGGCCUCGCCGGGCUCGUGCUCAGCCAGGGCGGGCCGUCGCCGGGCAUCCCCCUGGCGUCCUUCUUCGUCACGGGCUCGACCCAGGUCCUGGCCAAGGCCAUGACGCAGAAGGCGCAGAUCUUCGGCGUGCCGUUCUUCGUCGCGACGCUCGUCAAGAACGCGAAGAUGGUGCCCGUCAUGCUCGGCGCCAUCGCGCUGAGCGGCACGCGCUACCCGGCGCGCAAGUGGUGCCAGGUGGGCAUGAUCAUCGGCGGCGUCGUCCUCGUCACCGUCGGCAAGUCCAAGGCGCCGUCGUCCGCGGCGAAAUCCGACACGGAGAACCUGGGCCUGCUCUGCCUCGCGCUCAGCCUCACCUGCGACGGCAUCACGGGCGGCCAGCAGACGGCCUUCAAGGCCGCCUACAAGAAGAAGCACGGCAAGGGCCUCCAGUCCUACGACCUCAUGCUCUUCACGAACUUCGCCAUGCUCUGCAUCGCCGUCGCCGCGUCGCUGGCGCUGGACCAGCUCUUCUCCGGCGCCGCCUUCCUCGCGGCGAACCCGCCCCUGAUGACCGCCGCCGCCAAGUUCGCCUUCUGCUCCGCCAUCGGCCAGUCCGCCAUCUUCUUCACGAUGGCGAACUUCGACCCGCUCGUGACGACGACGGUGACGACGACGCGCAAGAUCUUCUCCGUGCUCCUCGACAUCGUCUCCCGCGGCCACGUCCUCAACCCGACCCAGUGGUCCGGCGUCGCCCUCGCCUCCCUCGGCGUCGCCGCGGAGCUCCAGGAGAAGUUCGGCGGCAAGAAGGGCCACGGCAAGAAGACGUAGGUCCGCGACGGCGCGGUGGACGCGCGAUGCGCGCCCCAAACACUAACGUCGAACAGUACCCUC